AUGACAAUACAAAAAGGAGAAAGCUUAAGAAAACGGUGAGUAAGACUUCAAAAGCUGAAUUAUAGCAGGGUAGGAUGAUGUAAUGCAAAGUAAAGUACAGUAGACAUGGAAGAGAUAGGCACGGAAAAGCAGAAUACAAUGGAGCAAAGUAAGAUAAGGUAGGAUAGGGUAGGCUAGAAUAGGAUAAGGUAGAGUAUGAGUAGAGUAGAACAUAAUAGAAAAACGUAGGGAAGUGGAAUGUUGGGAGAGUAGGGUAGGGUAGGGUAGGGUAGGGUAGGGUAGGGUAGGGUAGGAUAGGGUAGGGUAGGGUAGGGUAGGGUAGGGUAGGGUAGGGUAGGGUAGGGUAGGGUAGGGUAGGGUAGGGUAGGGUAGGGUAAGGUAGGGUAGAUUAGGGUAGGGUAGGGUAGGGUAGGGUAGAGUAAGCCCCGUGCAAAAAGUAAAAACGUGAUAUUUUAAGCAUUCAAAACGUAUAAAAAUGGCUACAUAAGUCUUUUUAGAGACACAAAAACUAUGACAAGUUCGACAGCGAGACCACUGACUACAACUCGGCCCCAGAAAGUUCAAAAAAUCGACCAAAAACAAGUCAAGUUUCAAUCACAACACGUGACAAAACAAAAGUCAUCCAUCUGGAGCAUCUUUGAUCACAGUUACUGUGUUUCUGUACCAUUGGCCGCUACUUUUCUAUACCUAAUCCACCAUUAUUUGUAAGUUGCAAAAAAUGGCAGUAACUUUGUUUACAGAAUGCCAAAUGCUAUAGUUUUUUAAGAGUAGAUUAAAAAUUACUAAAACUUUGUUUACAACUCAAAAAAAGGCAAGAACUUUCAUUAAAACUUCAAGGAUAGCAAGUUCAAAAAGUAGAAGUGAAUUGGAAGAUUUGUAAUGUAAUUUGCACUGCAAAUCUUCCACCCAACUUCCAUUUUUAAAAUGUUUUAAAAUGACUUAAAAACACGUUUUUGACACUUUUUAAAGUGGAAGUUUGGUGGAAGAUUUUCAGUACAAAAUACAUUAUAAAUCUUCCACUUAGCUUUUACAUCUAAAAAGUGUUAAAAACGAGUUUUUAGGCCAUUUAAAGACAUUUUGAAAUUGAAAGUUGGGUGGAAGAUUUUCAGUGCAAAUUACAUUACAAAUCUUCCACUCAAUUUCCACUUUCUUUAAAGUGCCAUAACUUUGAAUAAAAAUGAAAAAAAGCAAAAAUUUUCUUUACAAGAUGUUAAGAUUAAAUUUUCGACCAUUUAUUUCUCGCUUUUACUAGUUUUUCCACCUUUAGGCUUAAAUUUAGGCUUAUUUUUCAGAAAGUUUCUGGACAUGGACAAACGAGUCUACAAUCAUGUCCCAGGUGAAUGUAGUUUUGUUGGUGGACUAGAGCAAGGCGCCGUUGCUAUGGAAUGGCUAAACAACCAGUCGAUCAUUUUAUCGACCGGUGCCGAUCUCAAUAAUGCUUCGAAUUCGACUGGUCGAUUAGCUCUGUGGCAUACGAAUGAGAAUAUUGCUAAUGAAUUGAAAUUUACUGGGAAAGCCCCGCCAGUGUUUAAUCCUUACAGUAUCUCGACGUUUGUUAAUACUGUAUUUGUGAUUAACAAUCGGAAGGGGAGGGUCGAGACUGAUUCGGUCGAAAUUCUGGAAUUUAAAGGAAAUGAAGUCAAGAGGAAGAGGAAACAUGUCGCUUCAAAGUAUUUUACUAGGUAAGGUGGGGGGGGAGGGAGAGGGGGGGGAGGGGGAGAGGAAAUUAUGUGGUGGGGUAGAAUAAGUAAUAAGUAGAUCAUUAAGAAUAUCUCAUCUUGCAAAGCAGGGCUGUUUAAAAAAUAAGGUAGGCAAGGUAGUAAAGCGAAUAGUAAGAGCUAUAGACAGUGUUUAAUAAAAUCUUGGGUACAGUUGGAGGUACAGUAGAAGUUAAUGCAAGGUAUAAAAAAUACAGUAAAGCUAAGGAACACUAGUGCAUUGUACAAUAGAAUAUAAAGACGGUAGGAUAAAAUAAGAUAAGACAAGGAAAAAUGAGGUUGAGUAGGCUAGGGUAGGAUGUGUUGAGUAGGCUAGGGUAAGAAAAGAAACGGUAGGGUAAAGAAACGUAGGGUAGGAUAUGGUCUCACAUUUGAACUCGUUGCAUAAUCUGUUGUAAAAACUUUUGCAAAUUGUAUAACAUUGCUUACAUAGUUAGAUAGCCUUAGAGAAAUUGUCAGAAAUCGUGUUGCGCAACUUUUUCUUACGCAAUUUUACAACUUUAUGUCAUAUUUGCCUCGAUGUAAAACGACCCACCAAAUGACUGCGAGUGCUGGGGUUUUGGCUUCAUUUUUCUGUGAGCGUUCACUGAUUGUAGGGGUACUAGACUAGGCUGAAGCUAGGCAUAAGACCAGGACCAGGACCAGCUAGAAGUGCUAGAACUAGGGCUCUGGGCUCUGGGCUAGGGCUCUGGGCUAGGGCUCUGGGCUAGGGCUCUGGGCUAGGGCUCUGGGCUAGGGCUCUGGGCUAGGGCUCUGGGCUAGGGCUCUGGGCUAGGGCUCUGGGCUAGGGCUCUGGGCUAGGGCUCUGGGCUAGGGCUCUGGGCUAGGGCUCUGGGCUAGGGCUCUGGGCUAGGGCUCUGGGCUAGGGCUCUGGGCUAGGGCUCUGGGCUAGGGCUCUGGGCUAGGGCUCUGGGCUAGGGCUCUAGGCUAGGGCUGGGGCUCUGGGCUAGGGCUCUGGGCUAGAACUCUGGGCUAGAACUCUGGGCUAAGGCACUUUUUUUAAAUUUAAAAAUAUUUUUUAGUCUAGUCUCAAUAGUCGCCUUAGGACCAACUCAAUUUUAUGUGUCAAAUCAAUACAUGUACCGUAGUAACUACAUGCAGCAUAUCGAGUUCGCUGGUCAUUUCAAAUCUGGCAGUAUUUAUUACUUUGAUGGACGACACAUUCAUAAUGUCAUUAACAGGCUAAAACAGCCAGCUGGCAUGGCUAAGGAUGGAAAGUAAGGCAAUUUUAAAAUUUUUUUGAAAUUUCGAAAUUUUUUUAAAUUAAAAAAAAAUUUUUAGUAAAUUGUACAUAGCCGAAUUUGGUGGUAAUAACAUCCAUAUCUAUAAUGUAAAUGACUUGAAGAAGCCAGAACAUCUUGAGGUAAGUCAAAAAUGCAAGAACUUUCUUUACAAAACAAAAAAUGGCAGGAACUUUUUUUACAAAUCAAAAAAUAGCAAGAACUUUCUUUACAAAGCAAGAACUUUCUUUCCAGACCAUCUCCCUACCAUCAGCUCCGUGGUCAAUAGCCAAAGAGCUUCGUCAAACUGCCUUUACCGUAACCACCCAUCCCUUAAAACUUAGAUUUAUGGCCUUCUACCGGUAUCCAGAUGAGUUUCUGUCACCGUCAAAUGUCAUCAGAAUCAAGAAACGUAAAGAUGCCAGUUGGCAGUUCACUCAGUAUUACAGUAAUGAUGGGGCUACUAUUAGAGGAGCUGUCACUGCCUUACGAAUACCUGAAAAUCGGAUUGUUUUUGGAAAUGUCAACAAAGGAUUGUUGAAAUGCCAUCUAAAUUUGACUUGA